AUGAAAAACAAUCAAGCUUCAGAAUAAGCAGCUCUUUCAAAGCAUCAUUAGGAGCUUUUCAAAAUUGUUCAUCUGAAUAGAGCCAAUGAAAAUAAAUAAAGGUAUCGAAUAAGUUCACCACUUAAGAGCAUAAAUUCUGUUGCCAGUUUCUCAAACUAAAAAGAGCUCAGAGAAUAGAUUAGCUAUCCUGAAUUUUAAGGUGCCAACUAAAUUCCUUAAAAUCAAAUUAGAACUUCGCUAGAUUAGAAUGAUUCACCUUACCCAUGUCUUAUUCCAAAAGCAUAAAAUAAUAAAAAAAGAAGAGUUAAACAUAAGCAUUCUCAAUCCAUUGCAGAAGGAAUUAAAAACUUCAGUUAUUUAGAAAUGAAUGAUUAAUAGGAUUUUUCAAAUUUAUCGAGUAUGGUAAAGAAAAAACAAAUAGCAGAUUCCCCAGCUAGUAACGAAAGAGAAAAGCUAAUCCUAACUUAUUAAAUAAGCAGUGACAAGAGUAAUACUAAUCGUCAUACUAAGACUCAGGAUAUGAUAAACAAGAUAUACAUGCAUAAGCUAACUUUGGAAUUGAAAGAAAGCUAUAAAAAAUUAUAAAAUAACAGUAGCUCUAGAAUUCAGGAAGAUUAACUAUUUUUUGGGAAUAGAUUUGAUUCAAAAUAAAAUCCAGAGUAGGUUACUCGAAUUGUUUUAUUAGAUAAUACUAUCACAUUUACUGAUAAGGAAAAGCUGAUAUUUGGGAACAGUUCUCGCAAAACAAGUUCAAGAUUGAGAGAGCCACCAGCAAUCGAUUCAGGCAAUGAUAGUUCUUUAGUUUUCCUCAGUAAAACUGUAGUAUCAAAUCCAAUCAACAUUAACAAUAGCAAAAAUCUACAUUCCUUACGAGAAAGAUUAAACUUAAGUCAGGUGCUAAAUCCUGAUAAGUCUCAGAGCAAGUCUAGGAUUUAACCUAUUUUUGAAGUUGAAGAUUUUUCGUUUGAAAAAUAGAGUUAAAAAGAAUCAACGAAAUUUCCAUUGAUCAAGACAGAAUCUUCAGCAAUCUCUACAAAGAUGGAGACCCUGGCAUUACCGGAGCCUUAAAAAGAGUAUUAUACUAUGAAUUAAUUGAAAUAGGGUGACUGGCACAGAACCAAGGAUAUCUUAACAAUGGGUCAAGACUGGAUUAUUGAUGAAAUCAAGAAGUCUGGUCUCAGAGGUAGAGGCGGUGCUGGUUUCCCAUCUGGACUCAAGUACUCUUUUAUGCCUAAAGUUUCAGUCGAUGGAAGACCAUCCUACCUUGUUAUCAAUUCAGACGAGUCUGAGCCUGGUACUUGUAAAGAUAGAGAAAUCCUGAGACACGAUCCACAUAAAUUAGUUGAGGGUGCUCUUGUAGUUGGAUUCAGUAUGAGGGCAAAGGCUGCAUACAUCUAUGUAAGAGGAGAGUUCUGGGAUGAGGCUAACCAACUAUAAAAAGCAGUUAAUGAAGCUUAUCAAAAAGGUUUCUUAGGAAAGAACGCCUGUGGAAGUGGCUACGACUUCGAUGUUUAUGUUCACUCAGGAGCAGGUGCCUAUAUUUGUGGAGAAGAAUCAGCCCUUAUCGAAUCACUCGAAGGCAAACCCGGUAGACCCAGACUAAAGCCUCCCUUUCCAGCUAAUGCAGGUUUGUAUGGUUGCCCAACUACUGUCACUAACGUCGAGACAGUAGCUGUAUGUCCAACCAUCAUGAGAAGAGGAGCUUCAUGGUUCUCAGGCUUUGGCAGAGAGAAAAAUGCAGGAACUAAGCUUUUCUGCAUUAGUGGUCAUGUAAACAACCCUAUUACUGUUGAAGAAGAGAUGAGCAUCCCUCUCAGAGAAUUAAUAGACAGACAUGCUGGUGGAGUCAUCGGAGGAUGGGAUAAUCUAAAAGCUAUUAUUCCAGGUGGUUCAUCUGUGCCAAUGCUUACCAGGAAAAUCUGCGGUGAAGUACUCAUGGACUUCGAUGAUCUUAAGGACAGAAAGAGUGGUCUUGGAACAGCUGCAGUCAUUGUCAUGAACGAAUAAACCGACGUUAUUGAUGCCAUUCUAAGACUAUCAAAGUUCUACAAGCAUGAAAGCUGUGGACAGUGCACUCCAUGCAGAGAAGGUACUGGUUGGAUGGUAGAUCUCUUAGAGAGAAUAAAGGAGGGUAAUGCUGACUUCGCUGAGAUCGAUAUGCUUGAAGAGCUCUCAUUCCAAAUUGAAGGUCACACUAUUUGUGCUCUUGGUGAUGCUGCUGCUUGGCCAGUUCAAGGUCUUAUCAGAAACUUUAGACAUGAAAUGGAAGAUAGAAUUGAUAGUUAUAAAGCUGAGCACCCAGAGAUUGAUACUAGAAAAUUCCUCUCUUACGCCCCACCAAAGCAUCAUUGA